UCCUGCUCUUGAGAAAGGAAUGUGAGGUGUAACACCUGCUUCUGUACAGCUCAGUGUUCAUGGCACCUUUCCUUUCACAUAAGAAAGGGAAGAGAUCUCUGCAACCAAAGAGUUUUAAAAUCCAAAAUUAGGCUGGGGGAAAAAAAAACAGAAGACGAGGAACAGAAGCAAGAGCUACAACUGCCUUAUACCUGAGGGUGCCAGCAACAGGUUAAAAAGGAAGACCAUCAAGAUGGGAGUUCUGUCAGGAGAUGACUUAGCUGAUCUCUUUAAUUACUCUAAUUACAUGUAUGACUCUACUCCCGUAGACUUCAGCAUUGACGUAGAACCCUGCAGACCUGAGAGUGCAUCACCUGUGGUCAGAUACAUUGUCGCCUUCAUCUAUUGCCUGGUGUGCUUAAUGAGUUUGGUGGGAAACUCGUUAGUAGUUCUGGUUGUCUCUUACAACAAACGUAACCGUUCGGUCACUGACGUAUACCUUCUGAACCUGGCCAUUGCUGAUCUCCUCUUUGCCCUCGCCUUGCCCAUCUGGGCCAUUUACCGAGCCCAUGAAUGGAUUUUUGGCUUGGUUAGGUGUAAACUCCCCUCAGUCCUGAAGGAAGUCAACUUUUACAGCGGCAUCCUCCUCUUGGCCUUCAUCAGCAUUGACCGCUACCUGGCAAUAGUUUACGCUACUCGAGCAGCCACUGAGAAGAGGCGCUGGGUCAAGUUUGCCUGCAUUGGCAUCUGGUUGUUCUCCUUCCUUUUCUCUCUUCCAGUGAUCGCCUUCCGUGAUGUUUUCCAGCCACCCAAUUCCUCCCAAAGGGUUUGUUAUGAAAAUAUUGGGUGGAAUAAAACAGAUAAAUGGCGGGUGGUGUUGAGAAUCCUACCACAAACGUUUGGCUUCAUUGUUCCCUUGUUCAUCAUGCUCUUCUGCUAUGGUGUGACAGUGCACAGGCUCUUCCAAACCAAGAACAGUCAAAAGAAGAAAGCCAUGAAAGUCAUCCUAGCUGUUGUGCUGAUCUUCUUGUUCUGCUGGCUGCCCUACAACAUCUCCCUCCUGGUUGAUACCUUGCUGAGGACUCAUGUUAUUGUUGAGACCUGUAGCCGCCGUAAUGCCAUCGAUGCAGCUCUUUCAAGCACUGAGAUCCUGGGAUUUUCUCACAGUUGCAUGAACCCCAUCAUAUACGCCUUUAUAGGGCAAAAGUUCCGGAACAACUUCCUCAAGAUCUUGUCCACGCAUGGCAUCAUCAGCAAAGAAAUCCUGAUUCGGUAUCGGAAGGGGUCCUCUUUCUCAUCUUCUACCGGCAAUACUUCAACUACUUUGUAACAGCUAUGCCAGAGGAAUAAGAGGGAAGAGAGGAUCACAAGAGACACUGGUUCUCUUUGCGACUGACUUCAAGAGUGAGACUGAGAUGAAGCCAGUGAAAUGUUUCAGAACUGCAGAUGUCAAUCUUAGUCUUUAUUUGUUAAUUCUUGUAAAUGCGUGUAUAUUUUAUCAAAACAACAACAGAACUGAUGUAGUUUUACAAGCCUAGAAAAUGAUCCAGAAUUUUUAAAAUGUAUUGUAUCUUACAACAGAUUGGUGAUUUUGAUGUGUGUGUCAUGAAGAAGAUUGUAGGCAUAGAAAACACAGAGAACCUUUAAUUACAGAGAUUAAAACCCUAGUACUGUAUAGAUGGCUGCAUAUUGAAGCCAUGUAUAUAUUUCACUGUAUGUAUAAAUGCUCUAAAGCCACUUGCUACUUUCAUGCAUGUGAAGGGGGGGAUAAAAUGAAGCUGUGCACACCAUGUAUGGCAUUCUAUGUAUAAUUUUCAGGCUGUUUCCUUUACAGAGUAGAUUUCUUAGUGGGAAGUUUGUAUUAUAUGAAGCAGCUCUGAGUUUUUUUUAAGAGUUCCCUGCUAAAUAUACCUAGUCAGAAGCAAAUCCCAUUGAGUUCAACGCCCCUCUUCCUCUAAUUAAAUGGAUAUAGGGACUGUGGCUUGAAUUUUGUAGGGAAAUCCCUGUGAUUUUUAAUGAUUGUCCUUGCACUGAAGUGCUUAAAAUCCAUGAACAAAUUUCCUCUAGAGCAGUUUUAAAUUAAUAUAAAUAGUCUCAGGCUGGAUAAAAGGGGGACAAUCAGAGGAAUAGAUGGGUGUACAAAUUGUCUUGGAUUGUUCUCAGGUUAUUGAUGUAGUUAAGCUAGCUCUGUCCAGAAAGGACUCCCAAAUUGCAGAUUCUGAGGCUAUGUAUUAAAAUUAUUUUU